AAGAACGAAUGAAUGGACAAGAAGUGUUUUAUCUGACAUACACCCCUGAAGAUGUUGAAGGGAAUGUUCAGCUGAAAACGGGAGAUAAAAUAAAUUUUGUAAUUGAUAACAAUAAACAUACUGGUGCUGUAAGUGCUCGUAACAUUAUGCUGUUGAAAAAGAAACAAGCCCCCUGUCAGGGAGUAGUUUGUGCCAUGAAGGAGGCGUUUGGCUUUAUUGAAAGAGGUGAUGUUGUAAAAGAGAUAUUCUUUCACUAUAGUGAAUUUAAAGGUGACCUAGAAACCUUACAGCCUGGAGAUGAUGUGGAAUUCACAAUCAAGGACAGAAAUGGUAAAGAAGUUGCAACAGAUGUCAGACUUUUGCCUCAAGGAACAGUCAUUUUUGAAGAUAUCAGCAUUGAACAUUUUGAAGGAACUGUAACCAAAGUUAUCCCAAGAGUACCCAGUAAAAACCAGAAUGACCCAUUGCCAGGACGAAUCAAAGUUGACUUUGUGAUUCCUAAAGAACUUACCUUUGGAGACAAAGAUACAAAAUCCAAGGUGACCCUAUUGGAAGGUGACCAUGUUAGGUUUAAUAUUUCAACAGACCGACGUGACAAAUUAGAGCGAGCAACUAACAUAGAAGUUCUAUCAAAUACAUUUCAGUUCACUAAUGAAGCCAGAGAAAUGGGUGUGAUUGCUGCCAUGAGAGAUGGUUUUGGUUUCAUCAAGUGCGUGGAUCGUGAUGCUUGUAUGUUCUUCCACUUCAGUGAAAUUCUGUAUGGGAACCAGCUCCAUAUUGCAGAUGAAGUAGAGUUUACUGUGGUUCCUGAUAUGCUCUCUGCCCAAAGAAAUCAUGCUAUUAGGAUUAAAAAACUUCCCAAGGGCAUGGUUUCAUUCCAUUCCCAUUCAGAUCAUCGUUUCCUGUGCACUGUAGUGAAAGAAGCCACUUUUUCCAAUCCUAAAACCACUAGCCCAAAUAAAAGCAAAGAGAAGAAGGCAGAGGAUGGCAUUAUUGCUUACGAUGAUUGUGGGGUGAAACUGACCAUUGCUUUUCAAGCCAAGGAUGUGGAAGGAUCUACUUCUCCUCAAAUAGGAGAUAAGGUUGAAUUUAGUAUUAGUGACAAACAGAGGCCUGGACAGCAGAUUGCAACUUGUGUGCGACUUUUAGGUCAUAAUUCCAACAAGAGGCUCUUGGGUUAUGUGGCAACUCUGAAAGAUAAUUUUGGGUUUAUUGAAAGAGCCAAUCAUGAUAAGGAAAUCUUUUUCCAUUACAGUGAGUUCUCUGGUGAUGUCGAUAGCCUGGAGCUGGGGGACAUGGUCGAAUACAGCUUGUCCAAAGGCAAAGGCAACAAAAUCAGUGCUGAAAAAGUAAACAAAACUCACUCAGUGAAUGGCAUUACUGAGGAAGCUGAUCCCACCAUCUAUUCUGGUAAAGUCAUUCGCCCCCUCAGAGGUGUUGAUCCAACUCAGAUUGAGUACCAAGGAAUGAUUGAGAUUGUGGAUGAGGGGGAUAUGAAAGGUGAGGUGUAUCCAUUUGGCAUAGUUGGAAUGGCCAACAAAGGGGAUUGCCUGCAGAAAGGGGAGAGUGUCAAGUUCCAAUUGUGUGUCCUGGGCCAAAAUGCACAGACUAUGGCCUGUAACAUCACGCCCCUGCGCAGGACCACAGUAGAGUGUGUGAAAGAUCAGUUUGGCUUCAUUAACUACGAAGUAGGAGAUAGCAAGAAGCUCUUUUUCCAUGUGAAAGAAGUUCAGGAUGGCAUUGAACUACAGGCAGGAGAUGAGGUGGAGUUCUCAGUGAUUCUUAAUCAGCGUACUGGCAAGUGCAGUGCCUGUGAUGUUUGGCGAGUCUGCGAGGGCCCCAAGGCCGUUGCAGCUCCUCGACCAGAUUGGUUGGUCAAUCGCUUGAAGAAUAUCACCCUGGAUGAUGCUAGUGCUCCUCGCCUAAUGGCUCUUCGUCAGCCAAAGGGACCAGAUAACUCAAUGGGAUUUGGUGCAGAAAGAAAGAUUCAUCAAGCUGGUGUCAUUCACUAAC